UAUUGUUUUUAUUGCUUGUCGGAAGCUUCGAGUUGAAGAUGACUCAGUCUGAGGAGCCUGAGAGGAGUGGCUACACGGUCAUUCAGAGAGCGCUCUGUAAAUGAUAUGAUCAAGUGACAGAUUACAGCAGCUAUGGAGCUUCUUCUACGUGUGUCCCUCUGCCUCCUGACUUUUAUUGGAAAAUCGCUUAGUGAUAAAAUCGAACUGUGUGCAACAGAAGACAGUGAUAUCAUCUUGCCCUGUUCUCCCAUUGGAAAUGACGACCUCACACAUCAAGUGUUCGACUGGAAGAAAAAUGAUACCCCCAAAGAUCAGGAAGUGUUUUUAUAUGACAGUGGCACUCAUUACAACAAUGGAAAACCGGGUCAAACUGAAAGUUUCAAAAAUCGUGUUGAGUUUUUCCAAGAUAAGCUGCAAUUUGGCAAUGCAUCCAUACGUAUCAAAAACACAAAGCUGACUGAUGCUGGAAUCUACAAGUGUAUAUUUCCACAUCUUCAGCCACAGAAGGACUACAUUAAGCUUGUUGUUGGUUAUAUCUUAAAGGACAGAACCAACGAUCCAGAAAAAAAAUGCGGUACUUGUCCAAAGCCAACUAUAAGUACUCACAAUCAAGAAAAUGGUGGGACACAGGUGGAAUGUGCAGUUCAUGGUGCUUAUCCAAAACCUAAAAUGGAGUUGCAGAAUAGUGCUUAUGUCAUGGUGAAAGCUGAAAAUACAAAAAUAUCUCAAAAUGGAAGCUACUUUGACAUUAUUCUUGAAGCUGUUGUGACCAAGAAAGACUAUUACCACUGUGCUGUGACACAAGAGGAAAUCUGUCAUCAAAUUUACUCACAAAAGACAAUGGUCCAUAUCCCUUCUGGUUCUUCAAACGCAACUGUUAUUGGACUUGUUGUUGCACUUGUUGCACUUGGAGUAAUUGGUUUUAUUCUGUACAAAAAAAAAAAUUCAGAUAAUGCAGGAAGCUCGCCAGGUGACGGGACUAAAGACAACACAGGCUCUGAGGGAGCACCAUUGCACCAUUAGUUUCUGAAUGAACUAAUGAUGCAUGAAAUAUGGAUUAAUUGAUAUGUAAUGUUUUCAAUAAGAAUAAUUGAUAUUAAUUUUAUAUCAUUGAUAUAUAAAAUCAAUGAUAUAAAAUCAUUGAUUUUAAAUCUUUGUGUAUAAAAUUUAUACACAAAGAUAAAUUCUUUUCAGUGUUUCAGAACAUUUAAAAGGUCUGACAGUCAUUAGAAUCACAUAAAGAUUUUAUUAACACAUGGUAAAUAAUCAACUAAAGUGGAAUUACUUCAACCAAACUUCAUUUUGCUUUUUCAGCAAAGAUUUCAGGUUGAUUAACCAAAUCAAGAUUCAAUCCCUCUUUUUCCUUCUGACAAUGAUCAAAGGCAGAACAACCUGUUGGAUUAUAUUCAAAUAAUUUACAUUGAAUUAAACUCAGUCUAGGAUUCAGUAAAAUAUAUAUUUACUGUUUCAGGGGGAAAAAAACUUACUCCAUUGGUGCCACUACUGCCACAGAGCCUUUAUUGCAAUGAUCAGAAUAUUUUCACACCUCAUAUUCAGUGGUUUCUUUUUGGCCAAAUUGAUGUGAGUUUAAUAGAGUUAGAGGUUCACAUAUACAUAACAAACAUAUGUAUAUCUUUGUGAUGGCUUUGUGUCGAUUUUGACAACUGUAUAUUUUAUAAACAGCCACUUUUUAUUUUUAAACUUUUUAUUGUUAUAUUUUCUCUUCAAUAGCAUUUUUAUUUCAUUUUUAAAGGUUUGUUUUUUAUGAGAUGCUUAAUCUUUUUUUUUUUUUUCUAGUUUGUUUUAGAAACAGUAGUGUUAGCAAAUAAAAGCUAGUUUCAUUUUAUCCAUUUCAUCAAAUUUAGUAACUUGCAUAAUAUUAAAAUAUAAUGCUGACUUUAUUAACUACUUAUUAAAUAUUUCAGAACUUCUAGACUUCAGGUUAAGGUCUAAAAGGAGGGGGUUUCUAUUAGUGGUGGCCAAUUACAUGAAGCCUUUUUAAAACUUACCCUGAAGAAAUUAUCAUUUAAAACUGAAAGGUAGCUUAUGAAAUCAUGUUUUAAUCCAAUAUGUGGCGUCUCAGAACUGUAUAUAAACAAAAGCCAUUGAACCUGAGAACUAAUAAACUGUUACAUUAUCUCAAAGCAAAUGCUUGUAAACUUGGGGAUGCAGACAGCAAUUUAAUUUUUGAAAUCCUUAUAACAUAAAAAAGCUUGCAGCACUACUGCCUCUUGGGGAAAAGCUGCAGGGUUUAAGCCCCAGCUUGGGGUCUUUUUACACUGAGUUUGUAUGUGCUCCCUGUAAUGGGUUCUCUCCACGAACUCUGGCUUUUGCCCACAAUUCCAAAAACAUGACAGUUAGGUUUAUUUGCUACUCUAAAUUACUUUUGGUGUAAGUGCACGGUUGUUUGUUUCUGAGUUGAUCUGUGAUGGGCCACCUUGUACCAAUCAAUAGCAGAAGACGGGCACCAAACACUCCUGCAGCCCUGCAAAGUGAAGCAAGUUUAGCCAAAUUAGUAAAUUGUCUGGAAAAAAAAUCUGACUUUGAAGAAAGCAAAUUGUAUUUAUACAAAAAGAAAAUUGUUUAAGAGAUAUGGAUUAAUAAAUUGUUUUGUUGUUGAACAACUCAUUCUCAAAUAUACUGCCAGGUAAAAUAUGUAUUGUUUCUUUUUUUUUUCGUUUUGCUUUGUUUUUCUAUAUUUUGCUGUAAACCACAAGUUCUAACUUUCUAAAACUGCAUCAAGGUAGUUAUUAUUAUUAUUAUUAUUUUUUCACUUUUUUAUUUUUUUAUCUUUUUGCCAAGCUGAAUAAAAACUGCUUCAAAUGACUGAAUCAACUGGGUAUGCAGUUGAAUUACAUCUAAACCUGUAUAUAAUUAAUACAAUCAAUUCACUGUACAACUAUAUGAGUUGACUGAAUUUAA